GACAUGAAAUCCGCUCUCAGCUGAACAGUCUUCAAUCGCAACUGGAGCGAACAGGUCGUCUCAUCUACGCAUCAUGCAGCAGGAAAUCAGCCAGCAUCCAUUCAAAAUCAAUCCAAACAGUGAGGCGAGCGCCUGCUUUCGACGGGGCACUUGCAUCGAGCUGUCAACAGGUGUAUUGCGUCGCGUGGAGGAUCUACGCACCGAGGACUUCAUUCAGUCGGCACUGCGCAGCCAGCACUUUGACCUGAAGGAGGCGACGGUCGUUAAAAUUGACAGAACAUCAACGCAUAUCAACAAUAUAACCUUUAGCUAUGAUACGCAGCAUUUGAAGGUUCACAUGGAGGUGGCAUCGGCGCAUCCGCUGUUUGUCUACGGUCAGGGCUGGGCCUCCUGCAAUCCGCAAUUGUCGUUCGAGCUUUACGAAUUAAAGUGCCAACAAUUGCAGGUAGGCGACAUUUGCCUAUCGCUGGUGGCACACGAGCAACCACCGCCGGCCCCUGAGCUCCAUCCGAUACCACUGGACGUACCUUAUGCAUUCGAGGCUAACUGUCAAGCAGCAGCGCUGCCCAAGCAUCCCUAUCAAGUGUACGCAGAGAUGGCGAACCUUGUGGCAGCCUAUACUCAACAUUUGAUGGGCAAAAUGAAAUAACUAAAAGUGUAAAGAGUUCAGUAUUCAUAUAUUAACCGUGUAUAACCAUAUAUCUAUUAAAUAAUAAAA